UCAGAGAUUGUAGUGCGAUGGAGGAGCACGUAUCGCUCGCUCCGUCCCCGAGGACGCCGUCCGGCCUGUUCGCAGCGGAAAAAAAAUUUAUUUACGUGUACAAAAAUUUACCAAUACUAUGGGACUCGAAACAUCCACAGUACUCCAACAAAUAUCAACGGCACGAAGCUCUGCAGACAUUGUUACAAGUGUACAAGUUAAUAAAACCCGCGGCAACUGUGAAUGACGUGAGAAUGAAAAUAAACACUUUGCGAUCCAACUAUAGAAGAGAACUGAAAAAAGUUAUUUUAUCAAGAGCACUCAACGAUUCGUCUACUAAUGUUUACAAGCCGAAGACUUGGUCGUUUGAGUUAUUGAGUUUUUUAAGUGACGAAGUACACAUAUCUACGGAUCAGAAUACGAGUACAAAUGAAUGCAACGAUAUAGAAGAAAUAGAAAUUCCAUUUGAAACUGAAAUCUCGACUUCGCCAGUUCCUGAUAUUGGCGAGUAUGUUGAAACCAAACCAUCAACACCGAAAAGAAAAAUUAUCAAAAUUGAUAGUAAAUCAUCUCGUUUUAAAAAAAGUCCCAUACAUCACUCAUGCUACUGCUGUACGCAUUUGAUGAAAAUAAGAAAUUCAAUUACUCGAAUUUGGGUAGACAAGCUAGAAAAUUUAGACUCGAAACAGAGAUUAAUAGCAGAAAAAGCAAUAAAUGAUGUUCUGUUUGAAGCUGAAAUGGGAACUUUAAAUAGAUAUUCUGUUAAAAUUAACGAACCAACUGAAGAAUGUUCAUCACCUUAUACACAGUAUUUCGUGUCCUCACAGCAUGAUAUACAGUCACCGGAUGAACCAUCAAAAAUAUCUAAGGAAGAAUCCAUUUUGUCAAGUGAUAUUGGCGAGCAUGUCGUAGUUUUAAGUCAAGAAUAAGUACAGUACAUAUUAAAAUUCAUUGUUUUGAUCGUGUAAUUGUUUUAUGUAUUCUUUAAUUUUUUAAUAUUUGUCUAGAAAUAUUAUACAACUUCCGUACUGA